AUGGCGGCGGUGACCGCGGCGCGCGCGCGCGUGACCACGACAUCGCGCGCGAUGGGGGUCGAUAAGGGACGACCCACCGCGGCGCCGGGCCGGGGUGCGACGACGACGCGACGGGCGGUGACGCCGGUGACGCCGGGUGGGGACAUCUCCAAGGAACAACGCCCGGACGCGGCGGGGCGGUACGGGCGGUACGGGGGGAAGUACGUGCCGGAGACGUUGAUUCCGGCGCUCGCGGAACUCGAGCGCGAGUACGAGGCGAUCAAGACGGACGCGGCGUUCCAGGCGGAAUUGAAGAGCGUUUUGAAGGAUUACGUCGGGAGAGAGAGCCCGUUGUAUCACGCCGAACGAUUGAGCGAGGCGUUUAAGGAUGCGGACGGGAACGGGCCGGAGGUGUAUCUGAAGCGCGAAGACCUGAAUCACACCGGGGCGCACAAGAUUAACAACGCGGUCGGUCAGGCGCUGUUGGCGAAGCGCAUGGGGAAGAAGCGCAUCAUCGCCGAGACCGGUGCGGGACAACACGGCGUCGCGACGGCCACGGUGUGCGCGCGAUUCGGUUUGGAGUGUAUCAUUUACAUGGGCGCGGCGGACAUGGAGCGACAAAAGCUCAACGUGUUCCGCAUGCGCUUGCUCGGCGCCACGGUUCGCCCGGUGUGGGCGGGCACGGCCACGCUCAAGGACGCCACGUCCGAGGCCAUUCGUGACUGGGUGACGAACGUCGAGGACACGCACUACAUCCUCGGUUCCGUCGCCGGUCCGCACCCGUAUCCGAUGAUGGUGCGCGACUUCCACGCGUGCAUCGGACAAGAGACGAGAGCGCAAGCUAUGGAAAAGUGGGGCGGUCUUCCGGAUAUCCUCGUCGCGUGCGUUGGCGGUGGAUCCAACGCCAUGGGCUUGUUCCACGAGUUCAUCAACGACGAGUCCGUACGCAUCAUCGGCGUCGAAGCCGGCGGCGAGGGCAUCGCGCCGGGUCAAAAGCACGCCGCCACGCUCACGCUCGGCACCCCGGGUGUGCUUCACGGCUCGUUCUCCUACUUGAUUCAAGAUGAAGAGGGUCAAAUCGUCGAACCGCACUCCAUCUCCGCCGGUCUCGACUACCCGGGCAUCGGUCCGGAGCACGCCUUCUUGAAGGAUUUCGGUCGCGUCGAGUACCACGCCAUCACGGAUAAGGAGGCGCUCGACGCGUUCGUGAACACGUCGCGUUUGGAAGGUAUCAUCCCGGCGCUCGAGACUUCCCACGCCUUGGCGUACUUAUGGAAGCUCUGCCCGGGUCUCCCGAACGGCACCAAGGUUGUCCUCAACUGCUCUGGUCGCGGCGACAAGGAUGUGAUGACCGCCGCCAAGUUCCUUGACAUCAGCGGUGAGGUCGGCGAGGCGCCCCCGGGCACUCGCAUUCCCCCGGGUGCUCCCGGCGGACCGCCGCUCGGCGGUGCGCGAUAA